AUGUCGGUAGAUUUAAGACCAGAAACGUGGACAACGUCUACUAAUGAUGCCUUAACUAUCUCAUUGGUAGAUGAAAAUGGAGCUGUAAAGUUUAAACCGGCAUUCACGUAUCCAAUAUAUGGCGAUGCAGAACAAGUAUUUGGAUACAAAAACCUUCAGAUAUUCCUAGCAUUUGACUCAAUUACUAUGAAGCCUUUUUUGAAUGUUAAAUAUGAUGAAAAGCUCAAUACUGAUAUUCCUGAUGUUCAAAAGGCAUUGUUGGCUAAGCUUCCAAAAGAUGAUGUUAUCUUAAAAGAUGAAGCUAAAUGGGUAGAUGCUUUUACUAAGGAACAAGAGACAUUCUCAUUACCCGAUAAAGACACAAUUAUCGAUGAAUACAAUAUAGGUGAUGAAAGUUUUACCGUCUACAAGGUCUCGCUACAAGUUGAUGCUGUCAAGAGAAUCCACAGACGACUACAAAUAUUUACUUUGUUAUUCAUUGAAGCCGCUUCAUACAUAGAUGAAUCCGAUCCAUCUUGGGAAGUCGUUAUCACAUUCAACAAACGCACUAAGCAAUGUAUCGGCUAUGCCACGACAUACCAAUUUUGGAGAUAUUUAGGCUCAGAAACUUUUGACAUGAGCUCAGUAGACGAUAGAAAGAGCAGGGCUAAAAUAUCUCAGUUCUUGAUACUACCACCAUAUCAAGGUAAAGGUCACGGGAAGUAUCUAUAUACGGCCAUCUUUAAGCAUUGGUUAGCAGAUCAAUCAAUUAUUGAAAUUACUGUUGAAGAUCCUAACGAAAGUUUUGAUGAUCUAAGAGAUCGUUGUGAUUUAGAAAGAAUCAUAAACGAAAGACUACUAAGUGACUGUCCAAAUGACCUACCUUUAAAGCAGGGAUGGUUGGAUAGAAAAAGGCUUGAGCUAAAACUUGAGCAAAGGCAAUUUAUGCGCAUCGUGGAGAUGUAUUUAUUAUUUAGUAAAUCUUCAAACUACAGGCUGCAACUAAAAUCAAGGAUAUAUGAAAAAAAUUACGAAGCUUUGAUGGAUAUGGACGAAAGUACAAAGAAGGACAAACUUCAGACUGCAUAUCAAUCUCUUACUGAUGAUUACAAGCGUAUACUGUCAAAGGUCAAUGUAUCCAAGAGGACAAAGUUAAGUUCCACUGGUAGUGUUCCUGUCAAAAAAAUCAAAACAUGA